CGUCCCUCUUGCAGCUUCACUCGCUCACUUCUUGUUCGUCUUCAUCUUCUUAUAUUUGCACGUCCCCCUCGCCUUCUCCUCUUAGCAAUCGUUGACCAUCGGAGGGAAGAAAGUUCUUGUUCAUAGCAAUGUCCGGUCCGCAGUGCUGUGAAAACCCUCCGGCCCUCGAUCCGAGUUGCGGAUCGGGCCGUCUGGAGCAACUGGGCAGCCUCAACGCCUAUGUUGUUGGCUCCCGGGACUCUGAGCUCGCCAUCCUUCUCCUCUCCGACAUCUUCGGGUUUGAAGCUCCGAAUUUUAGGAAAAUCGCGGACAAAGUUGCAGCUGCUGGUUUCUAUGUGGUUGCUCCUGACUAUUUCAAGGGAGAUACCUAUGCACCUGAGAAUCCUGAGAGGCCUUUAAUGGUUUGGAUAAAAGAUCAUGAAACCGAUAAGGGAUUUGAAGAUACAAAACCAAUUGUUCAAGCUCUUAAAAGUAAAGGCAUAUCCAAGAUAGGAGCAGCAGGCUUCUGCUGGGGUGCUAAGGUCGCGGUCGAGUUAGCCAAGUGUGAGCUCAUCCAAGCUGCUGUGCUACUACACCCUGCAUUUGUCACUGCUGAUGAUAUCAAAGGGGUUAAGGUUCCUACUGCUGUGCUAGCAGCUGAGAUUGAUCAUAUUUCUCCACUUGAACUCAUCAAACAGUUUGAAGAGGCGCUUGCUGCUAAGCCCGAGGUUGAUGGGUUCGUGAAGAUCUAUCCCAAGACUUCUCAUGGAUGGACGACAAGGUACAAGGCCGAAGACGAAGCUGCUGCGAUGGAGGCUCAUUCAGACAUGAUCCAAUGGUUGGUGAAGUAUGUCAAGUAAGAAA